CCAGCAAUUGCAACCUAAAGAAGGUAAGAGCCCAACUCUCAUUCGCCUUCAUUUUUUGCAUUUUAGUGUUUUAUACGAAGUAAAAGCUCUAAACUCUGCUCCUUCGAUUGAUUAUUCGCGCAUUCUUAAUUCAAAAAAGAGUUGUGGCUAUGGCUUCUUCAUGUCCUAGUCCACAUGCAAAGUUUUCAUUCGAGUGUCGACCAAAGUUGCUUAAAGAUUUCCUCCAAGACGAGUCCCCUUCUUACUCCUCAAAUAUAAGUUUUCAAUCACACCCUCAAAAAGCUUAUAAAUCUACAAGUCAAAGAUUUUUGAACAAAAAUUCAUCUCAACUACAUAGAAGUCGAUCAUCUAGAGCUGCUUCAGCUACUAUUUCCGCCAUUCACAAGGUCAUUAACAUUGUUAAGUUCUUGCCAUUUACCUAUGUUAAAUCCCCAUCCAUUUUACCUAGAAGCAUUUCGAGAAAACUAUCAAGAAGAAAUCACAAAGAGACUGAAAACUAUAUUUUGAACCAUGAGGUCUCAGUUACUGUCAAAGUCAAAGUCAAAGAUAUCUUACGGUGGAAAUCAUCUAAGGACCUAGUGGAGGAGAAAUCUACACCGUUGGAUUAUGCUCAUUCCCCCUUUAAGUGUGAUUUUACUGCUGAGAAUUUAUCUUCUUGGUGUGGUGAAAUAGACGAAUGCUAUGGCAAAAGGAAUUUACUUGAAGAAGGUGUCGGUGGUUGUUGCGUUACAGAGACAAGAGGAAUCAAAUUGGACCCCAAGGAACACUAUGAGAACGAGCAGCACAGUCCAGUCUCAGUUCUUGAAUCUCCAUUUCGUGAAGAUCAGGACGAAUACUUUUCUUUCCAUAGAACCCUUGUUGAUACUGACAGAAGAAAGUGCAUGCUCAGGGAAAGAAUUCAAGCGUUUGAGAGUCUAGAAGAAGGAAACACUAGCUUUAACGAGGAGGAUGAAGAAAUACAAGAACAAGAAACGCAUGAGAUUGAAGAAAACGCAAAGAAAUUAUUAAGCCAUUUCAAAGAAACUGAAAAGUUGUGCACGGAAGAUUGUGAAGCAAAUGUGGAUCAGCUUUUGUUGGAUUUCUUCUGGCAUGAACUGAUUCAAAACAAUGUUGAUGAAAGUGAAAUCUUAAUGAAAGAAGCUAAAUCUUUGAUCAAUGGAGAGUAUAAUGAUGAAUUUGAGUGGGAGAAUGAGGACAAAAGGGAGGCCUAUAUAAGGGAUAUGCAAGAACUAGGGAGAUGGAAUUACAAGUUUGAAGAGGAGAAAGAAGAGUUGGCGUUAGACUUGGAGUUUGAGGUGCUUACUGAUUUGGUCCAUGAGGUCUUGGUAGAUUUUUUUGCUCUUAAUCGGUAGUAGAAGUGCACAAAAAUACUCGCUUGCUGUCUUGUUCUCUAUCGUCAUGAACUGAGACUACGAGCUGUAAAGGUAGAAAAAAAAAUAGAUCACGAGACGGUGAUUCCGUUUUUUUCUUGAAAACAACUUAGAAUUUGAGUUAAAUCAAUUCGAUCUUUGUGGUCUCUCUUUUACAUGUAUGCAUAUUGACAUGUAUAGAACGUGAUGUAGGACUAAAUUGUAGCUCAACUAGGAGAGGCUGAAUUACAACUGUGUUCGUUCUGUACCCAAGAUUUUUAAGUUGUGGGUGCUCAACCGCCUUAAAUCUCAAAGUGCGGUUGGAGAUUGGCUGUUGUAUGUUAUUAGUAGUAAAUAUAUAGUGUUUGGUUAAAGCAAAA